AUGUGUUGUAACUACGGGAACUCCUGUGGCUAUGGCUGCGGCUAUGGCUCAGGCUAUGGCUGCGGCUAUGGCUCCCGUUGUGGCUGUGGCUAUGGCUCAGGCUGUGGCUGUGGCUAUGGUUCAGGAUGUGGCUGUGGCUAUGGUUCAGGAUGUGGCUGUGGCUAUGGCUCAGGCUGUGGCUGUGGUUAUGGCUCAGGCUGUGGCUGUGGUUAUGGCUCCCGUUGUGGCUACGGCUAUGGCUCCGGCUGUGGCUGUGGCUAUGGCUCAGGAUGGGGCUGUGGAUAUGGCUCUGGCUCUGGCUGCUGUGGCUACCGGCCACUUUGCUACCAAAGAUGUUAUUCUUCUUGCUGCUAG